UUCCAUACACAAUUCAGGUUAUGGAUAGUUUAUUUAGUUUAGAGUAUUUAAUCCAAUAAUUAAAUACUAAACCUAUCGCUGGAAAUACAAGGAGCAGCAUUGAGAAAUUUUUGGAAAUUUUAGACAAACCUAAGAUUAAUUUAAAUGAAUUAAAAAAGUUAUCUAAUUAAGGUGUGCCAGAUGAUAUAAAGGGUUUAAGAUCACUUGUUUGGAAAUUAUUGCUAGGUUACCUACCAACGGAUAGAACAAAAUGGAACUCGACAAUUAAAACUAAUAUUGAGAUUUAUGAAUAAUUUUGCAAUGAUCUGAUUAAGUCAAAAUUGCAAAAACAAAUGACUGAAUCAAAUGAAUAUGAAGAUCAAGAAAUAUAAUAAUCAAAAAAAUAAGAUCAUCCACUAAGCAAAUCUUUGUAAUCUAUUUGGAAAAGCUUUUUUGAUGAUCAAGUAAUUUGGGAAGAAGUGGAAAAAGACACAGUUAGAACAAGGGCAGAAUUGUCAUUCUUUGUUUCACCAACAUAAAUUCCAAAUAAGUAUCCUGUAUACUUCAGGACUUAAUGUCGGAGAGAAAGGAGAUUGGCAAAAGAUUAUGAACAUCGACAUUACGAUGUACUCACAAGAAUAUUGUUUAUAUAUGCAAAGCUGAAUCCAGCAAUCAGAUACGUGGUAUCAAAUUUAUGUAUUUAAGCAAGGAAUGAAUGAAUUACUUGCACCUUUAUAUUAUGUUUUCUAUAGCGAUACAAACGAAUUAUUUUUAUAAUCUGUUGAAAGUGACGCAUUCUUCUGUUUUACAAUAUUGAUGUCAGAUGCUAAAGAUAGGUAUAUGAUAUUGCUAAUUUCAAACAUAGUUUUUUACGAGCACUUGAUGACUCAUAAGACGGAAUUAAAUCUAAAAUGAAUAAUUUAAACACGUUAUUACGAAUUCACGAGAUUGAAAUAUGGGAUAAUUUAUAGAAAUAAGGGAUUCAUCCUUAAUUUUAUAGUUUAAGAUGGAUUAUGCUAUAUUUAACAUAAGAAUUUGAAUUGCAUAGUGUUUUUAUUUUAUGGGAUAGUCUUUUGAGCCAUUCAAAUAAAAAUGAAUAUUUACUGUUUUUAUGUCUGAGCAUAAUAAAAGAAUUAAAACCUUCUUUAUUAUAAGAUGAUUUUACAGACAUUAUGGAGGGUUUGUAAUAGGUAGGUAAAAUUUAGGUGGAAAAGAUUUUAUAAAUAGCCUCCCAGAUUUAUCAGCAUAAUUGA